AUGCCAAUCAAUUUAAAAUUAGAUGAAAAUAAUAAUUCAAUAGAUCAUAGAAGUGAAACGAGUAGCGGUGUCAGAAAAAUAACACCAGAGGGAAAUAAAACAUGUAGUGACGAAAGCGAAAAAAUUGAACAAAAUAAAUACAAUGAAAAAGACACGUUAAUUGAUAAAAAUGAAUUUAAUCAAGUAAUAAUAAAUAAUGAAGAAGGAAAUGUAAAGGUGCUAAGUAAAGAUGUUGGUUCUUCUUUAAGCAUAAGCAUUAAUAGAAUGGCCGAAUCAAACCAAACUCAAAAUGAAAUAAUAAAUAAACAAAUAAGUAAUGAUACAGAAAAUAACAUUGAAAACAGUGAGACUAAUUAUGAUUGCAUUAGUACAGUAUGCGAUGAAAAGGAAUGCUCGUAUAAUGUCACUAAUGAAAUAAAUGAAACAUUACCAAGUUUGGAAAACGAAAUUGAUGAGCUAGAAAAAAUAGAUAACACUGUAGAAAAAACAAAUUAUGUUCUACAAAAUGUUCAAAGUGAAAAUUUUGAAAAUAAUAGUAAUAAAGAAAAAGGUAUUGAAAUAUUUUCAUUUAUGAAUACAGUUAAUAGCUUUAAAGCUGAAAUAGAAAAUGAUAAUAAAAAUAUUUUUGAAAGUAUUAGUAAAAAAGGAUUACUAUUUAUAUUAACAAUACAAGAAGUGUUUAUAAAUAAGACACAACAAAUAUUAUGUACAAAUUGUUGUAAUGAUAUGCAUUGUAUAGAUAAUAUUAAUCGAAUUUUUAAAGACAUUCUUAAAUUGAAAAUAGAAAAACAAACUAAUGAAAUAUAUAUGGUUCGAUUUUUAGAAAAAAUAAAAAGGGAUACUACAAAAAUGAAUAAAAUACUAAAGGACAAAAUAAAUGAACAAGAUAUUUUAAUAAAUAAAUUAAUUAAAGAAAAAGAAUUUCUGAAUAAUACAAUAAAUAAAUUAAAACAAAAUUUAAUAUUAAUAAAAAAUGAAAAUAAUAUUUCAUCGUCAAAUAUUAAAAUAAAAAUACAUAACCACUUUCUUAUUUUCACUGAUUAUGUAUACCAAUUGUUAUUAAAAAUUUAUUCGGAAUUUUCAGAAAAAAAUGAUAAAUUGGCUUGUCUAAUUGAUAAAUUAAAAUCGAUCAUGCUAGAAGAUCGAGAACUUUUUCCCAAUGUUAAAAAAAAAAAAAAAAAAAAAAUACUCGCUAUUUUAGAAAAUAUGAACGAGUCAGGUAAAACUAUGAAAAAAAAUGUUAAUAAAAAUAGUAGUGGUAAUAGUAAGAAGAAGAAAAUACAAAAGAGCAAGCAUAAAAAACGUUCUCAAAAAAAAACAGAUAGCGAAUAUACGGAGAAUACCAGUUCAAUCUCAUUAUUUAAUAAAUCCAAAUUAUCAGAUUAUUCUUCAAAAAAUAUGACUUGUUCAGAAAAAAAUGAAAACUCUGAAAUGGCUGAUUCAGAUAGUUGUGCUGAACAAUUAUCGAGCGAAAUGUGUUUAUCCGAUUUAACAAAUAUGAAUACAAAAUUUUGUGGAAUUCGGAAAAAAGACAAAACGAAAAAAAAGAGUAAUGACCAUCAUAAUGAUAGUAGUUUAGUUAUUUGUAAAAACAAAAAGGAAAAUAGCUACCUAUUGAAAAAGAAAAAAAAAAUAAAAUCAAGAGAUUUUGGCUAUAAUGAAAAAGAAUAUGAUAAAAACAUAAGUUCAAAAAGUUUUAAAAGUAGACAAAUUCGAAAGGAAUUAAGUAAAUAUAAGAAAUGUUAUAUAGAAGAAAUGAAAAGAAAUAAAACCCUAAAGUUUCUUCUAAAAAAUAAGGACGAGGAGAUAGAACAAGCUAAAAAAGGAUUGCGUAUUGAAAUGGAAACACAACAAAUAAUGUAUGAAGAAAAUGAACAAAUUCAAAUAAAAAAAAUAAAUGAGAUGAAAAUAUUAUUAGAUAAUCAUAAACAUAACAAUGAACAGUUGGUAAAUAGAAACAAAGAAAUUAAUAAACAAAAUGAUGAAUUAAAAAAACAAGUAGAUAUGUAUAUAUGUUCAGAAAAAUUAUUGAAUAGUAAAUUAAUAGACUUAAAUAUAUUACUUACAAAAGAAAAAGAAAUAAAUAAUAAUUUACUAUCCGAAAAUAUAAAAUUAAAAAAUAUAAUUCUUCAAAUUAAUAAUAAACAUAUUUAUUACAACAAGCAUUAUGACAACCAUAUGGAAAAUUUUCCAAAUAAUCACAAUUUAAAUUACAUGAAUAACAAUGGAAUAAACGAUCCAAACAUAAACAACUAUCAAAUGUUUUACAAAAAUUAUGUUGAUACAUAUUUCAACGCAAUGAAUGAAAAAUAUUUAGACAUGCCUAAUGAUAUAUGCAAUAAAUUUCCGAGACAAAAUAUGGGGAAUUGCAUAGAUUAUGUGCAUGAAAAUAAUGGAAAUAGAGAUUUUACUUAUAAAUUAAUAAAGCAGAAAAAUAAAAACCAACAUAAAAAAGAUAUAGACAGAUAUAGUUACGAUCUAAGCCAUAAUCAUGGAGCUAUUAACAAACAUAGUGAUUACGAUGAAUAUUAUAAUAAAUCUUUAAAAAAAAAAUACCACAAAAAUUAUUAUAAGUUUGAUGAUAUUGGUUCUUCGUGUUAUAGUGAUAAUUAUAUUGAUGCGAAAAAGGUAGGAAGAAAUUAUAAGAUUGAAAAAAAAACUGAAAAUAAAUUUGAAAAAAAAUUUGAAAAAAAAAAAAAGCAAAACAACGUAUCAUCAGAAAGUAUAAAUAAAAGUCCAGACCAUAGAGUCCCAAACGAAAUAAAAAAAGAUCUAUUAAAUUUUAAUGAAACAAAUUAUAAAAAUAUGAUAAAAAAUAUAACUAAAGAAAAAAAUGAAAUUGAAAAGAUUAAAGAAGAUGAUUUAUAUUCUAUAUUUAUGCAAAAUUGGGGGAAUUCAAAUAUAUUAAGUAAUGAAAAUAUUGAAUCAUUAAAUUUAAGUUCCUCAUUUUUAAAUAAUUUAAAUAGUAGUGAAGCAUUUAUUCAUGAAGAAACAAAAGACAGUGACUUAAAAAGUGAGAUAAAUCCCAAUAGUCCUACUGAUGCAUCUACACAAAAUAAUAAAAUUUCUACAAAUGUAAGCCUACAUUAUAAUAAUCAAGUAAACAAAUUAGAAUCAGUUAUACUAAAUAAGGAAGAAAAAAAUGUAGAACACCAAAAUUGCCUGAACCAAACAAGUUCACUACCUAACCAUCAAAAUGAUAAGAGUUGUCAAUUGGGUUUAGAAAUUAAUAAUUCAAAAAACAUUACUCAAAAUGCUGAAAAUGUUGAACAUGUUGAAUAUGUUGAAAAUGUUGAAAAUGUUGAAAAUGCUGAAAAUGCUGAAAAUAAAAACGAGAAUAAUCAUACUAAUUUGACUGGAACUAUUGUAAACAAAGAACAUAAUGACGAAACGGAUAUUUUAAUCAGCUAUGAAUGGUAUAAAAAAAAUAAAGAAAAAUAUAUGCAUAUAAGUUUAAAAAAUAAAAUAGAUAAUUCACAUCAAUCUGAAAUAACAAGAAAAGACGCUAAAAAUGUUUUACUAGCCCCUACAUUAAAUAAAGAUAUUCCAAAAAAUAUAACACCAAAUAUAUGGAAUAAUAAUGAGUUUAAUUUUAUAAAUGAUAAAAAAAGUAUUGAUACCCUUCAAUGUAAUAAUAAUUAUCCUGGAAAUAUUCCCCAAAAUUUAAACAACAUUAGUUUAAAUAAUAGUGGUGUUCAUGAAAUUUGUAAAUCUUUAAAUCAGGAGUGCGAUAACCAAAAUGAAACAUUUUUUCAGCCAAUAAAGGUCGAAACAAAUUUAGGGUCUAGAAAAGGUGCACUAAAUGAAGUCCAAAACAUACUAAAAAAUAAACCUCCUGAUAUUUCUAUACCCACAGAAUCACAAAUAUUAGUUAGUCAAACACAAAAUAAAAAUCCGAUUUUACGUAAUGAUACAGUAAAAUAUAUAUACACAAAUAGUAUUAAUAAUGUGGAUAACCAAUUAUAUGACAAAAAUAAAAUAAUUAACCAUACUUAUGCUAACAAUAAUUCUCCCCUUUUAAAUGCAUCAAACUUUGGAAAUAACAUUGUGACUGUAUGUUCCCCUGAAAAUUAUAAAACAAUUUCAAACAGUGUCAUACAUUUAAAUAGUGCCAAAUAUAUUGAUCAAAUAAAACAAGAGAAUUUAAAACUUCACAUAGAGCCUCUUCUUGAUUAUAAACAACAAUUUUAUGCUAAUAAUUUAAGUGGAAAUAUUAUCAACAUUGAGAGUAGUAAUAAAAAUGUGUCACCAUCUUAUAUUUCAAAUAUAAUAAGCGAAUAUAACAAUGAUAAUAAACAUAAUUAUGCUUUAUUAAAGGAAAAUGAACAAUAUAAUAUAAACUCAAUUGUUCAGACAAAUAAGAAUACAAAAAAUAGGGGUGUUCUUAGCAGAAUAUUACGAAAAAAAUAA